AAUAAUAAUAUCUUAAAAAAUUUAUUAUUAUUCAUUCAAAAAUAUUUAUUUAUUAAAAUUUUAAAAUUUUUUUUUAAAUUUAAAACUAAUACUUUAAGAACCAAUUUUUUAUUUUAAUAUAAUAAUAUAAAAUAAAAAAAGAUAUAUAAAAUAGAUAAAAUGGAAGAUAUAUCAUUUGUUAAUGAAGUCGAUAAUAAAAAUUUUGAUAUAAUUGUUGUAGGUGCAGGUGUUGCAGGUAGUGCAUUUGCAUAUUCAAUGGGAUGUAAAGGUAAAAAGGUUUUGUGUAUCGAGCGUGACUUAUCAGAACCAGAUAGAAUUGUCGGAGAAUUAAUGCAACCAGGUGGUGUUAAAGCUUUACGUGAAUUAGGAAUGGAAGAAUGUUUAGAGGGUAUUGAUUCAUCUUUAGUUUUUGGUUAUGGUAUUUUUAAACAAAAUAAAGGUGUUAAAUUAGCAUAUCCAAAAGAUAAAAAUGGUGGUAUUAUAAAUGGUUUCAGUUUUCAUCAUGGUCGUUUUAUUCAAAAAUUAAGAUUUAAAGCAUCAUCAUGUGAAAACGUAUUUAUGGUUGAAGGUACAGUUAAUGCAUUAAUUGAAGAAAAUGGUGUAGUUUUAGGUGUUAAAUAUGUAGAAAGUAAAAAAUCAAAAGACGAACAAAAUACAAUUAUAAAAGAAGUAAGAGCACCAUUAACAAUUGUUUGUGAUGGUUGUUUUUCAAAUUUAAGAAAAUCAUUAAUUCAAGAUUCACCACAAUUAACAUCUACUUUUGUUGGUCUUAUUAUUAAAGGGGUACAACUCCCAUAUCAAAAUCAUGGUCAUGUAUUUUUAGUUGAUCCAGCUCCAAUUUUAAUGUACAGAAUUGGAUCAGAUGAAAUUCGUGUUUUAGUCGAUAUACCAAAAUGUCCAUCAAAUAAUGAAUUAAGAGAAUAUUUAGAAAAAGUUACAGCACCACAAUUACCAGAGUCAUUAAGAGAAUCAUUUUUAACAGCAUUAAAAACUGAUCCAUUAAAGAAAAUGCCAAAUUCACGUUUACCACCAAAUAAAAUUUCUAAACCAGGUGUAUUAUUAGUAGGCGAUUCAUGGAAUAUGAGACAUCCAUUAACUGGCUCAGGUAUGACUGUUUGUUUAUCAGAUGUUUCAAUUCUCACCAGAUUAUUGGCUAAUGUUUCAGAUUUAUCAAAUAAAAAAGAAAUUGAAAAUGUUGUUGCUAAAUUUGUUCAAGAGCGUAGACCAUUAGCUGCUACUUUAAAUGUUUUGGCCGGUGCUCUCUAUAAAGUUUUUUCUGCAUCUAAUGAACAUUUAAGAAAAGCCUGUCUUGGUUAUUUAGAUUUAGGAGGAGAAUUCUCUGCUGGUCCAGUCGCUCUCUUGUCAGGUCUUAAACCUAAACCACAAGUUUUAGCUAUGCACUUUUUCGCUGUUGCUUUUUAUGGUGUAUUAAAAAAUAUUUUACCUUUCCCAACUCCUGCUCGUAUUCGUCGUUGUUAUCAAAUUCUUUGUGCCGCUUCAGAUAUUGUAGUUCCUUUACUUCGUUCUGAAGGUGUAUUAAAAUAUUUAACUACUCUUUGUGUAACUUUAAGAUUAACAAAUCAAUAAAAAAAAAAAAAACAAAUAAUUUAUUUAUAUAUAUUAAAUAAAAAUUUUAUUU